ACACACCACACACGCACAUAACCGCAUUAUAGUAUAGUACAACAUUGUAAUGCGUAACAACCAGUAUAUACACAUUGUUUUUGUUUUUCUAUUGUUGAAUUUCGUAUAUAUUCUUGAAAACGUAAUUUAAUUUUUGUAGCAGGAAGAAGUUAUUUUUCUAUCAUAGCAUUGAUUGUUUACAAAAAUCUUGUUGCAUUAAUUGUGACUUCCUUAAAGCUACUAAUUAGCUGACGGAAAGAUUUAUUGUUGCUACUAAUUAGUAAAAUUAAGCUAGUCAAUUGUGAUAUUUAAAUUUGAGUUACCAAAUUGUAGUCUUAAGUUCAUUUGUUAUUAUCGUGAUCCUUGUUUUAGUGUUAGAUUGCAUCUCUGCAAAUUGUGAGUAUUAUUGUUGAUUUGUGUUCCACUUUGUAAUUUAGUGUAGUCUUCUUUAUUAUUAUUAUAGUGAUUAUUGCUUGUGAUUUAUUGAACAUAUUAGUUAUCACAAGUUUUAUUUAUUUAUUAUUUAGUUCAUUGUAAGCGUAAGGCCAACGCACAACGGUCAUAAGGACCUUGUGAGUAUAAAAUAGUCAUUAUCGUACGGGUAUUUGUUGUUUUAUAUUGUGGGUAAAUCAUUAAAUAAUUAAACUAUCUUUAAUUUUGUGUUAUCUGUUCAAUGUCAUUUUAAUAAUAAUUAUUAUCUAGUCAAAUUUGUUUAAUUUAGUUACUACGUCUUAUUAUUGAAUUUAUACUAUUAUUCUUUAUAUUGUCUGAUGUGUAUAUAUGGGGCCGCCUCUCCCCAUAUACUCAUUUUAGCGCCUCAUUUUAAUGCCUCAUUUACCUGUUAUCACAUUAUAGUUAUGUAAUGUGUAUGUAAUGCUUAUCAAUGAAGCUAUUUUAUAAAACGUAUUUUAUAUUUGAUAACAUAUUUUAGCGCCUCAUUUUAUAUUUUGAUUACAUAUUUUACCACCUCAUUUUAACAUUACUUAAAUUACCAUUUCUCUCGAUAAUUUUCGAGAUCAGCGCCUCCUCCCUCUUCUAUGACUUAUAAGUUUAUUGUCAUGACGUGAGAAUAAAUACACUGAUUUUCGAGUAAUUUCAGUAUAUUUCUUUUGUAUGUCAACUGUUAAGUUAUAGUUAAAACUGAAGUGCAAAAAUUAUUUUACAAUUAGAGUUAAACAUACUUCAAAAACAAUCAAUAGUCAAAAAAAAUGAGUGUAGUUAAUAAAGAAUGGUUAACUGGUAUGCAAAAUAAACGCAGGAAGUGUGUAUCUGAUCUUAAAGUUGGUGUUCAAUAUAAGGUUUUGGGUCUAUUCGUCGUAAAAUCGAAAUAUUCCACUCAAACACCGGUAGCUGAAGUGAAACUAGAUGACGAACCCUCUUUUCAAGUUUAUCUACCGUCUAGGUUUCAAUUUACUCGAGAAGAUUUGGCAAAAGGAUUUGACGAAAAUCUGAAGCUUGUUUCUAACGGACGAAAAGAUCAAACUUCGAGUUACGAUAUAAAGUUUAUGUAAAUGAAUAUUGUAUACUUUAAAAUGAUAAUAAUAAAGUAUGGAUUUAUAAAAAAAUAUUACAUGUUGUUGAAUAAUCAAUAAAACUGUAACUAUGAUUGAAUGCGUUAUUUUAAAACUAUACUUGAUAAAUAAUGAAAGAAAUAUUAAUAAACAAUGGUAAAAAUUAAAUUAAAAAAAAACUAAAAUUUGAUACAGCUCGUUUCUAACACAAUAUAUGUACAAUAUUUGAGGUAUGAUAUAAAGUCUAUGUAAAUGAAUAUUAUACACUUUAAGAACGAUAAGUUGAUUUUUAGAAAAAAUAUUUGAAAAUCCAACAAAAUUACAAUUAUAUUUGAACCCGUAAAUCUGUACUUGUUAAAAAAAAUAAAAAAGUUACUGGUGUAUUAAUCGAACAAAAGGUAAAAAAAUCAAUACGAAAAAUAAUAUUUAGAGAGUAUUUUUGCUAACUCAGCGUCUGCAAAAGAAAUAUUAAAUAGCAAAAAUAAACAGUAGUCACGUUAGUAAGUGUAAGUAAAAUGUUAGUGUUUUAACAAAAGUCACGUAAAAUAAUUUUAAAUUCCAAUGGACGUCUGAGAAUAGUCAUAACACGAAAUUGUUUUUACAAAAAUGAUCAACUCCAGGGAAGGGGAUACUGAUGGUAAGAAAUUGCUGAGGUUUGCAAAAGUAUACUUAAUAAAACCGAAAAAUCAUUCUUCUCCAGACUUAAUUUUCAUUCGUCUGUUAAAUCGUUACCUUCAAGCCUUUUCAUCUUCAAUUGUCAACACAUCAAAUAUGAAUCAUUUGUACUGUAUUUGCGGUAAGACUUUCAGUUUUCUGAAAGAUCUGGAACGUCAUGAACAAUCAGUUCAUAAAAAAAAAUUAUACAGCUGUGCAGUUUGCGGCAAAAAUUUUUCCAGAAAGGAUAAAGUGAGAAGACAUCAACAUCAGACACACUUCUUGAAAGGUGUGAAUAAAGUAUUGCAGUUACAAUCUAAGAAUUAUGAAAAAAUGUGUGAAAACUCGAUCGACACUGAGAGAAAUAUCCUGAAUCAUGGCUCAAGUACGUCGGCAAACAUUCAUAGAAAUUAUAACGAAAAUAACAUAGUUAACUACGGAGCGAGUACCUCAAAAAAUAGCAAUAAUAANUUAUUUGAUAUCGAUACAAAGAAAGAAAAUGAAUUAAAUGCUAACGAUUUCUCUACUUCUCGGGAUAGUGAUGAUGAACUCUUGUUUGAUGUUGCUGAAAAGAUCGAUCCGAAGGAAACCGAAAAUAUUACUGUUUAUCCAAGCUGUGUAAAUAGUGAAUUAAUUGGAUUGGGAAUCGAGUAUUUAAAUAAACCAAAACAAUCAAACAUAAAAAGUGAUUGUGUGAAGACUUCAAGUUCAAAAUUGAUUGAAUCAGCUUUUUCGGGCAAUAUAAAUGUAUACAGAAUUGAAAAUAUCGAUCCUUUUACUAUCAGCGAGUUCAUUGAGCGACAUGCAUUUGACAUUACAGAUGUGUGGGAAAAAUCAAUUAAGAAAAAUAUAGCGGUAAAAACUUCUUUAGAUUUAGUAACAGUAUAUGAAAAAAUUGAUAAUGUUAACGUUAAUGUAGAGGUACCCACUAUAACACAAACCCUUUCUAUUUCUCCAUUUGUUUUGACAGCAUCGAGUAGUAUUCCUGAGUGGAUUACUAUUAUUAAAAAUCUACUACAAAAAAAGUCCGAAGAGGUUGAAACGCGGGGGAGCGGGUGGGUUUUUAGAGGUGUAGUUUUUUUGGAUAUCAACACGUUUAAGUAUGAUCCUUUGAGGGGAGGAUGUAAUUUAGAUAUUCCAAAAAAAUUAUUGCGCAAGAAUGUUUUAACAAAUAUUAAAUCUGAGGGGGAAGAUUGCUUUUUUUGGGCCGUAGUUGCUAGUUUAUAUCCGGUUCAAUCGCGUGAUGUGGAUAAGUCAAAACCCGAAUCGUAUCCACAUUAUACCACAGUGUUAAACACUAGAGGAUUUAAUUCACCUAUAUCACUCACAGAUAUAAAAAAAUUUGAAAGAAAUAAUAACAUAAGUGUAAACGUAUACACUUAUGUUAAUGAGAAAAUUGCGGGUCCCUUGCAUUUAACUGAAUGUAAACGUAACAAACAUGUUAAUUUAUUAUUUUUAGAUCAAAAAGAUAAACCCUUCGGGCAUUUCUGUUGUAUUUCCAACCUAGAGCGGUUAGUAUCCGCACAGCUUUCAAAACACAAAUCUCAUAAAUAUAUAUGUGAUGGUUGCUUAUCGUUUUUUUAUUCAGAAUCUAAAUUCAUGUCUCACCACCUCGAUAAUUGUAUGCGCGUUAAAACGGUUCUUCCAAAUCCCCCAAAAUAUAUCCUCAAAUUUCAAAAUUAUCAAAACAAAGUAUAACAGGACCUUUUAAUAACACGUCAUUCAGACUAAGACCCGAGUCGGUUUUGUAUG